UUCAUGAGAAACACUCUGCUCCGACUAGCAAUCAGUUGUUUCAUAUAUUUCAGAUCACCAAAAAAAGAAAAGGAAAAAGAAAAAUGUAUCGCAAGGGAAACUACAGCGACGACGAAGAGGACGAUACUUUAUUCUACCGGUACACAUCCGCCGGCGGCGGCGGGGCGCCACCGUCCGCCACGACAUCUAAGUCCUCCAGCGGGGGAGGUAGUGGCGGCCUAGCUCCGUCAAAAUCCACGGUGUAUGUCAGCAACAUAGACUACAACCUCACGAACUCUGAUCUCCACACGAUCUUCUCGACCUUCGGCAAAGUUGCCAAGGUCACUGUCCUCAAGGACCGGGUCACGCGCCAGAGCAAGGGUGUGGCGUUCAUCCUCUUCGUCAGUCGGGACGACGCCGUCAAAGCCGUGAAGGGGAUGGAUAAGAAGAUACUCAAUGGGAGGACUCUACGCGCGUCGAUUGCCUCGGAUAACGGACGGGCGGCUGAGUUUAUUCGGAAGAAGGUGUAUAAGGAUAAGAGUAGGUGUUACGAGUGUGGGGAAGAAGGGCAUUUGUCGUACGAGUGUCCGAGGAAUUUCUUGGGUCCGAGGGAACGGCCUGUGGCGAAGAAAGGCCGGAGGAGUGGUGGGGGAGGGGAGAGUACAGGGAAGAAUUAUGAGUAUAAUUUUGAGGAGGAAGAGGGAGAAGGUGAUUUCGAGGCGGAGAAUUGGGCGUCAGUCGUCGAUGGGGAACGGGAGGCCGAGGAGAGAUUGUUGAGGGGUGAGACGGAGAGGGGAGGAAUGAAAAAGGAAAAGAGAGAGAAGAGGAAAGGGUAUUUUAGUGAUGAGAGUGAUGAGGAGGAUUGAGAAUGGAAACACUUUUGCCUGGUCCGGGUGUUGGGACUUCUAAAGUGAUUUUCUAUAGGGAUUAUCGAGAGCCAGGUUUAAUAAAUUAGCUUAAGCCUUUUCUGAGAAUGGAGGAGGAUGACGGACUUAAAGAGGAUUGAUUUGGUUCAACGUGCAUAUAUGUAUCCCUUCUGAAGAGAUAAGAGGACUAGAAGGACAAAGCGAAAAAAUGUACUUGUUUUGGAUAAAACUAUGUCGAUCAAUCAUCAAUAACUUAUCUGCAGAUAACUAUCCAAAUGUGGAUGGCAGAGGGAAGGUACUCUAAUCAUUUAUAUAGCUAAGUCUUUUUGGUACUAGGGGGAGUGUUUGUUUCUUGAUGCUGAUUGAUGCCAUCCCUUGCUUAGACUGUUGCCAGAAUGGUGAACACAUACAUCAGAUUGAUUUGAUUUUUAUUGCUAUGAAGCAAGGAUCCAUUGUGCGAUGUAUAAGAUGUUAAUGUUAUCAACUUCCGACUGU